GGCCACUUCAGCACUCGCCAUAACCAAUGUAACCAAUGUCUCGGUGCUAUGGAGCUGCGACGGGAAAAUAUUUAUUAUGCGCGUUCUGCGGGAAGCUUGUAACGAUUCUCACGAACUAAUCGUGUAGAUUGCGCACUCGAUUACUCGUGCGAAUGGCGAUAAGCAUAACAAACCGACUUCUGGCGGGAGUAUUGUUGUUCUGGUCGCCUGUUGUAUCCAGUGUUCAAAAUCGCACAGAUGUGACGACCACCACAGAGUUCGGCAAACUAUGUAACAAGUCGGAACAGUGUAGUUCCUUGGGUCCAGAGUUCUGGUGCCAUCCGGACUACCACAACUGCACGUGUAGGGGCGGCCUCUUGUGGAUCGUGAACCUACACCGAUGCGCUGAAGCCGUGUCGCUGAAGGAAGAGUGCGAAGCGUCCGAACAGUGCAUCGCGUACGACCGCCACAGCUACUGCGGCGAGUUCGGCCGCUCCCAACUGCCCCCCAAGAUAUGCCAGUGCCAGUUUGGUUUCAACAUGAAGAGUCACGACAAGCAGACCCGCUGCAUCGAGAUCCCCAAUGCAUUUGGAACGCCGUUGUUUGACAGCAGGGACACGGUUCCUAUUGUGAUGGGCUGCCUGGCGGCCGGGUUGGCUCUUGUCGCUUGCUGCGCGGGCAUUGUGCAGUUGCUCAGGAUAAAACAGCGUUCCGGUCCGUUUAGAACCGGCGAGCCACAGGAUCCCAGGGAGUCCGUGAUGCUGAACCUCAACCAAAUGCUGCAGCCUUACUCAGACAUCAUCCCUUUCCGAGUGCCACCUUGCAAUGGUUCCUCGACCGUCCCAUUCUCGGGAGGCUUCUACCAGACCACGACAGGGGCCAUUGAGGACAUGCCGCCCAGCUACGAGGAGGCAGUGAAGGAUGCGCAAAUCCUGCCGCCACCUUCCUACAUCGAACAAAAGCCCGAGGAGUGAAGCUGGCACGAAGUCUGCCGUUCAGGGGUCCACUAACUACGCCGGGCAGCUUGGCCCCAGUGGCCGGGCAGGCUCCGACUUGGGGGUGUCUUCUCCCCCAAACGCUCGCUUUGCAUGCGCCGGCAAUUUGCAUCUGUCUAACCGUGUUUCGCCCGCAAUUGUCGAGCCGGGGCAUGUUAGCAGUCCGUACGGUCAAGGAGCUCUAGCACUGCGGACGUGGCCGUAAGUCAUGCGACUCGAACCGAUGCUGUUAGAGGAAUUUUUUGGCAGGUCGAUAUUUCUUACGAGUGGUUUCAACUGACAUGUUUUAUGUCUUCUUCUUCGAUUAGGUCCAAUGUCGUUUUGGGCACAAUAUUUUUGCGCUACUUUUGUGGCGUGGCUCCAAAAUUGUCGUUUUGACAACUACAGCCUACUUUUAAGCUCAUUUAAGUUAAUUUAUUUUUUAUUUAUUUGCAUUUAUUCCCACUGUAGCCACAAUGUCGGACGGAGUGAGGUUUAGCCCCAUUGCCACUUUGUGUUUAGGAUGGUCGGAUGGAGUAUUAUUUCGCAAUGUCUCGCCGAGUUCCGAGCUGUAUUAUGUUUCUGCGGGAUGGUGCACAUAGUGUGCGGGUAGUUGGUGCCACAUUCCACAGCAGCUAUACUGUCUGGCCCUUUCUAGAAGAUGCGAAAGGAAGCCCCGUCCUACUUGUGGAUGUUGUCUCUUUCUCUUGCAGGUCUCCGACCGAAAGGGUCUAAAUACUACCAUGCAUGUUGCAUGCCUCGUCCCCCGUGUGCCACCCAGUGUUUGAGAAGGCAUUUAGCCAGUGUGUUUGCGCUUUUCUCCAACGUGUAACACUAGCUCGGGAAGUUUGCGAUUCCCUCGUUUUUUCACUCACUUUUCUGGAGUUUUCCCAGCUUCCUUCCGAGUCACAUUUCUGCUGUGUGGCUCCAGGGAUGCAUUAUGUGAUAGGUUCUAGUGGCUUACACAAAUAGCUUAUGAACCCGCUGUAUUGCCACGCAUUAGACAACAUUCUCCACGCUGGGUUUUGUUUUUUGUGCGGCGGAUAUCUAACGUUACUGCUGAUAUAUAUGUGCAUUUGCUAAGCACGGGCGGUAAUGUGUAUGUCACAAAGCAGAAUGGAAAAUGUGAGUCUCCUAUUUAGUACAGUGUCCCAUCUAGUCUGCCGCUAUAUACAUCUAUUUAUUUAUUUACAUUUACUUUUUAUAACGGAGGCCUUGACCUAGUUCAUAUGUACCUGAUGAAGAUGUGCAAUGGGCUGGCCGGACAAGUGCACUGUGGGAGGCCGCCGUGUCUCGGAACUUGUUGCUUUGUUUUGUCCCUAUCGGUUUUUACAUCAUGUGUGUUUAAGUUUCAUGUCGCGUGCCCUGUCUGCAAUAAGCUAGAGUGGCCACCUCUCAUUGGUGAUGCAAUAGCAUUCUCCGGAAGGAACUUGCUUUGGCCAAUUCUGAGCGUCCCACUAUAGUGGUUUUUUGGCUAGCAUUACAAAUUUCCAUAGUGGAGAAGUUCAUUACGGGAACUUUGCUUGUCUGUACUAGUCUUUGAAGCACUUGCGUUGGUAUGUAGCAGUUUGUGCAAUAAGCAUACCAUACAUAGUUACAAGGGGUGUAAAAUCAUCUCUCUUUUUGUUUCGUAGAGGGGAAUGGAAUGCACCAAAUAUUUUUAGAACUCUUGUGAUAUUGUUUGUUUCUUCUGUGUAGUGUGUCAGUGAAUCUCGAAAAGAAUGCCUAGGAAUACUUAGUACCUCUGGGGCUAACCAGCAACGCAAACGAGAGGAAAUAAAGUGGCAUUAGGUUCCACAAA